AUGUCUCCAUAUAAACUGGUAUUUGGGAAAGCAUGUCACUUACCCGUGGAGUUGGACCAUAGAGCUUUGUGGGCAUCGAGGCAGCUGAAUCUCGACAUGGAAAUAGCGAGUACAAGUAGAGUCAUAGAGUUGCACGAGCUUGACGAGUUCCAUUACCAUGAUUUUGAGAGUACAAGGCUAUAUAAGGAGAGAAUGAAGACGAUGCAUGACAAAAAUAUUCUUGAACGAAAUUUUAAACCUGGAGACGGGGUAUUUCAAUACAAUUCAAGAUUGAAGUUGUUUCGGGUCAAGUUGAUGUCUAGAUGGUCGGGACCAUUUAGAGUAGUGCAUGUGCAAUCAAAUGGAGCUACAGAAAUUGAGUCCGAGGAUAGGACGAAUAGGUUAAGAGCCAAUGGGCAAAGGUUGAAACACUACCUAGGAAUGAGUGACGAAAAAGGAGAGAUAGAUGUGAUACGAUUGAACGAACCUCAAUAUGUGAGUGAAGUAUAA